AUGAUAGCGGCUCAGCUACUGGCCUACUACUUCACUGAGCUGAAAGAUGAUCAGCUCAAGAAGAUUGAUAAAUACCUGUACUCCAUGCGUUUCUCUGAUGAAACGCUCAAGGACAUCAUGGGCCGUUUCCGCAGAGAUAUGGAGAAUGGACUGGGCCGUGACACCAACCCCACAGCAACAGUGAAGAUGCUGCCCACCUUUGUCAGGUCCAUCCCUGAUGGAUCAGAAAAAGGAGACUUUAUAGCACUGGAUCUUGGUGGGUCAAACUUUCGGAUCCUGCGCGUCAAAGUGACUCAAGACAAGAAGCAACCGGUUCAAAUGGAGAGCCAAGUCUAUGAUACUCCUGAUGACAUCAUCCAUGGCAGUGGGACUCAGCUCUUCGACCAUGUUGCGGAUUGCCUUGGGGAUUUUAUAGAGAAGCAAAAAAUUAAGGAUAAAAGACUCCCUGUUGGAUUUACCUUCUCGUUCCCCUGUGUCCAGACCAAACUGGAUGAGGCGGUCCUAGUGACAUGGACAAAGAAGUUUAAAGCUAACGGGGUAGAGGGCAUGGAUGUAGUGAAACUUCUGAACAAAGCAAUCAAGAAGCGAGGGGACUAUCAGGCUGACAUCAUGGCAGUGGUGAACGAUACCGUCGGCACCAUGAUGACGUGUGGAUUUGACGACCAGCGUUGUGAAGUGGGAAUAAUUAUAGGAACGGGAACAAAUGCCUGCUAUAUGGAAGAGCUGCGCCACAUCGAUCUGGUGGAAGGGGACGAAGGCCGGAUGUGUAUCAACACCGAAUGGGGGGCCUUUGGGGAUGACGGCUCCUUGGAGGACAUUCGCACAGAAUUUGAUCGUGAGAUCGACAGAGGCUCCCUGAACCCAGGAAAGCAGCUGUUUGAGAAAAUGGUCAGUGGAAUGUACAUGGGAGAGCUGGUUCGACUCAUCCUGGUGAAGAUGGCCAAAGAGGGGCUGCUGUUUGAAGGCCGAAUCACCCCUGAGCUUCUGACCAAAGGAAAGAUUGAGACCAAGCAUGUCUCUGCCAUCGAGAAGACUAAAGAAGGGCUGAAGAAAUGUAUGGAGAUCCUGACCAGGCUGGGUGUGGAGCCUUCAGAUGAGGACUGCCUGGCCGUCCGGCACGUUUGCACCAUAGUGUCCUUCCGCUCAGCAAAUCUAAUUUCUGCUACUCUGGGAGCCAUCCUCUCCCGCCUGAAGGACAACAAAGGAGUGGCUCGCCUUCGCACUACUGUGGGAAUCGAUGGUUCUCUCUACAAAAUGCAUCCUCAAUACGCCCGACGCCUGCACAAGACCGUACGCCGUUUGGUUCCAGACUCCGACGUCCGUUUCCUGCUUUCUGAAAGUGGAAGCGGCAAAGGCGCCGCCAUGGUGACCGCGGUGGCGUACCGACUAACUGACCAGGCGCGGCAGAUUCAGGAAACGUUAGCUGAAUUCAGGCUGAGCAAAAGCCAACUGCUGGAGGUGAAGAAGCGCAUGAGAGUGGAAAUCGAAAGAGGCCUGAAGAAGGAGAGCCACAAGGAAGCUACAGUCAAAAUGUUGCCGACUUUUGUUCGGAGUACACCGGAUGGGACAGAAAAUGGAGAUUUUCUUGCCCUGGACCUCGGAGGGACAAACUUCCGUGUUCUUCUGGUUAAGAUUCGCAGUGGGAAGAGGCGCACAGUAGAGAUGCAUAACAAAAUUUAUGCCAUUCCCAUAGAAGUCAUGCAGGGCACAGGAGAGGAGCUUUUCGACCACAUCGUUCACUGCAUCUCUGAUUUCCUGGACUACAUGGGAAUGAAGAGCGCUCGGCUGCCUCUGGGUUUCACCUUCUCCUUCCCCUGUCACCAGACCAGCCUGGAUGCAGGUAUACUGGUGACCUGGACAAAGGGCUUCAAGGCUACAGACUGUGAGGGGGAAGACGUGGUGGAGCUUCUCCGAGAUGCAAUCAAAAGAAAAGAGAUUGAAGAACCAGAGUUUGAGCUGGAUGUGGUUGCCAUAGUGAACGACACCGUGGGAACCAUGAUGACCUGUGCUUACGAGGAGCCGACUUGUGAAGUGGGGCUGAUUGCAGGCACAGGAAGCAACGCCUGCUACAUGGAAGAGGUGAAGAACAUUGAAAUCGUGGAAGGGACUGAGGGCCGUAUGUGUGUCAACAUGGAGUGGGGGGCGUUUGGAGAUAACGGUUGUCUGGAUGACAUCAGGACAAAGUAUGAUCAGGCUGUGGACGAGAACUCGCUCAACGAGGGCAAACAGAGAUACGAGAAGAUGUGCAGCGGAAUGUAUCUGGGAGAAAUUGUGCGUCAGAUUUUGAUCGAUCUGACGAAGCGCGGUUUCCUCUUCCGAGGACAAAUCUCAGAGACGCUGAAGACACGGGGCAUCUUCGAGACCAAGUUCCUGUCUCAAAUAGAGAGCGAUCGUCUGGCGCUGCUGCAGGUCAGGGCGAUCCUGCAGCAGCUGGGACUCGACAGCACCUGUGACGACAGUAUCAUUGUGAAGGAGGUGUGUGGAACCGUGUCCCGCCGCGCUGCUCAGAUCUGCGGAGCCGGAAUGGCUGCUGUGGUGGAUAAGAUCCGUGAGAACAGAGGACUGGACCACUUGGACAUCACCGUGGGUGUGGACGGCACGCUCUACAAGCUGCACCCACACUUCUCGCGGAUCUUCCACCAGACAGUAAAAGAACUCGCCCCAAAAUGUGACGUUAACUUCCUGCUCUCUGAGGACGGCAGCGGUAAAGGAGCUGCCCUCAUCACUGCCGUGGGCUGCCGCCAGAGAGAGCUGGAGGCCCAGCAGCACUGAGGAGCUCUGUCCUGUCCGUGCACCUCAGUGAGCUGCUCCUCCUCCGCUGAGAUUUCUCCUCCACCUGCAGCCUGAAUCCUCCUCCCCUCAUCAGCAGCCGUGACUCCAGCUCUGCCCCACCUGCAGCCAGAGACAAGCUCCAUGCAUAGUUUGAAACCUGAACAUACAGAUGUCUAUAAUCCACCAGAGGCUUUAUUGUUUCCCUGUUUGUACAUUUUCCUGUAGUAUCUUGUUAAAAGUAUAACUUAAACCCCUUAGGUGUGCAAUAUUACUGUGUCGCUAAUUUUAUUUUUAUAUGGAGGCAGAUAUUUAACUGUUUAUACAGACAGCCACUUUAAAUCCAAGAUUCUACUGAUUUGUUUUGCACCAUUCACAAGCUAACGUGUGCACUUUUUAUAUGAGGGCUUCAACUGCAGCAUUACAUGUAAUUUACAUAGUAAAUCCUGAUUGUCUUUGAAUAAUGAAACUUGUUUUUAACAGGUUGAAAUAACAGCUUUAUAAAGGACUGGCUAAAUUAGGGUCAAACACAAGAGUCACGGCUGCCCUGGUCAUCGCCGCUCUAUGUGCUACGUGCUGAGGCUACUAACCUGUUUGUGUAUCUGUCAUUGUUGAUUAUUCCUAAUGAACCACAUCCUUUAUUCCUCAAAGGCAGACAAAGGUAGAAAAUGGAAAUGUUAGAGUAUAUUAUUGAUAUUUGUUCUUUACUUUGGCUGUUGUGACGAAUCAGAGUUUUAUUCCUUGUGUGUGCAGAGAAUAAAUGUUUAUGGGGGUCCUAACCAGAGAGGAUUUAAGAGCGCUUUUGUGUGUGUAGUUGUGGCUGAGUGUCCUGCUGUGAUAACCUGUAGCUUUUCAGUGUUCGAAGCUCUGUGGAGAUUGCAUGCCUUACAUCAACAGAUACGUAUUAUUUUUACUGCCUUUAUAGAUCUGUGACCAACACACCCACCUACAGCUCAUUAAAUUAUAUUCUGUUGUGGAGUAAAUUCUGUCUUUU